UUAAUUUCAAUGAGACCAAAGAACAUGUAAACACAGAGGAACACAGAACAAGCUGUUGCUUACUGAAGAGACCAUACUGCCAACACUCUGACGGAGAGGCUGUAAAAGAGACUGCUGAUAUUCAUGGAUAACUAAGGCAGGGAAUUCAGGAAGCCCUGUGCCAGGCAGACAGACCAGAAGACAAGAAUAAUCACUGGCAGCAGAACUAACACUUAUACCUGGGAUCAGAGAGGAUUCAGGAUGGAGGGAACUGCUAAACUGAUGGAAGGCUACCUGGGCAAGGCACAGGGCCACAAAGUUCCAGUCCAUGGAUGGAGGAUCUGUCUGGCACAUGAAUUUGAGGAGAAGAGGAAACCCUUCCAACUGUCAGAUGUUUCCCCUUCCCACAUGAUCACCCACCUCCCCAUGGGCAUCAGGUAUCUCCUCUGGUGGAGCAGGAAGACCUACAUGGAAAGGAAGGCUCCCUUCAUCGACAUGCUCAACUCCAUCCCGCUGCGUCAGAUUUAUGGGGUUCCUCUUGGUGGCAUUGGCGGAGGCACAAUCACGCGGGGCUGGCGGGGAGAGUUUUGCCGGUGGCAGCUGAAUCCUGGACUUUAUACCUAUAAGACAGUGACGGAAAACCAGUUCACAGUAUGUAUCCGGAGAAGGGGACAGACGGUCUACCAGCAGGUUCUAUCAGUGGAGCGCCCCCACAUUCUGCAGGGCUGGAACUGGGGAUACUGUGGGAGCCAGGCCUUCUAUCAUGCCUUGUAUCCCCGGGCAUGGACUGUGUACCAACUGCCAGGACAGAAUGUCACCCUCACAUGCCGCCAGGUGUCGCCCAUCAUCCCACAUGACUAUAAGGACUCCUCCCUGCCCCUGGCUGUCCUGGUGUGGGACAUAGAGAAUGGAGGAGACGAGGAGACAGAGGUGACCAUUAUGUUUUCCCUGAGAAAUGGCAGUGGCACACGGAGUGACCGGGCCGGCAAUCACUGGAAUGAACCAUUUCACCUUCACAAGGAGGGGGAGUCAGUAAGAGGAAUGCUCUUGCACCAUUGCACUGCCACCAACCCCUACACAAUGGGGGUCGCCGUGAGAGAAAAGUCAGGGAUCUGUGUUUCCCACUGUACCCAGUUUGACCCCACAGGAAUGGGGCAGGAGGUGUGGAAAGACCUGUUGGAGGAUGGACGGCUGGACUCGGCAGCAGGUCCCAGUCCACCAACGGCCAAGGGAAAGAAGAGUGCAGCAGCAGUGGCAGCCGGGUGCAUGGUGCCCCCCAGGGGCCGAGAGACGCUGGAGUUCUGUAUGAGCUGGGACAUGCCCAACAUUCACUUUGGUGCAGGACACAAAGUGCAUCACCGACGUUACACACGUUAUUUUGGUUGCCAAGGUGACGCUGCUCCGGCUCUUUGUCAUUAUGGACUGACCCACCUUGUGGAAUGGGAGCAGAAGAUAGAGGCCUGGCAAGAACCCAUCCUGCAAAAUGAAGACCUCCCAGCCUGGUACAAAUCUGCCCUAUUUAAUGAGCUUUAUUUCAUGGCGGAUGGAGGGACCGUGUGGGUGGAGGUUCCAGCUGAUGAUGAUGAUGAUAAUCUGAUGAGGAGGGGCAGUAAAGACCUGACUGGCAUGAGGGACGUCCUGCAGGAAUACGGGCGCUUUGCUUACCUUGAAGGACAGGAGUACCGCAUGUACAACACGUAUGAUGUGCACUUCUACGCCUCAUUCGCACUUAUCAUGCUGUGGCCCCAACUGGAAAUCAGUCUUCAAUAUGAUAUGGCUGCCUCGGUGCUGCAGGAGGACCCUGAACUGCGCAAAUAUCUUAUGAGCGGAUCUAUAGCUCCUAUAAAGACCGGGAAUGUUGUUCCACAUGAUGUCGGAGAUCCAGAUGAUGAGCCCUGGCAGAAACUUAAUGCCUAUCUGAUCCAUGACACGGCCAACUGGAAGGACCUAAACCUGAAGUUUGUUCUGCAAGUGUAUCGGGACUAUCACAUGACUAAGGAUCCCGUCUACCUGAGGGACAUGUGGCCUGUGUGUCAGACUGCGAUGGAGGCAUCACUAAAAUUUGAUGAAGAUGAUGAUGGACUGAUUGAGAAUUCGGGCUUCGCUGACCAGACCUAUGAUGCAUGGGUGAUGACAGGCCCCAGUUCAUACUGCGGGGGUCUGUGGCUGGCGGCCGUGUGCAUGAUGUGUCAGAUGGCGGACAUAUUGGGGGAGGCGGCUGUGCAGGAGAAGUUCGCUGGCAUCUUACACAAGGGCAAGGCGGCAUAUGAGAAGCUUCUGUGGAACGGUAAAUAUUAUAACUAUGACUGUGGGGAGCAGUCGUACUAUAACAGUGUCAUGUCCGAUCAGUGCGCGGGACACUGGUUCCUUCGGGCUUGUGGUCUGGGAGUCGGGGAGAGCGAGGUUUUCCCCAAUGAUCAUGUACUGAGUGCCCUGAAAACCAUCUUUGAGUUGAACGUGAAACAGUUUGCGGGGGGGCAGAUGGGGGCAGUUAAUGGCAUGCGCCCCGAUGGCACCACUGAUACAUCAAGUGUCCAGUCUGAUGAAGUGUGGGUGGGAGUGGUCUAUGGACUGGCCGCCACCAUGAUACAGGAGGGGCUGGUGCAGGAGGGCUUGCAGACGGCCGAGGGCUGUUACCGCACAGUGUGGGAGCGACUGGGAAUGUCCUUCCAGACCCCCGAGGCUUAUUGUGAGAAGCGGGUGUUCCGCUCCCUGGCGUACAUGCGCCCCCUCAGUAUCUGGGCAAUGCAGCUGGCGCUGGAGGACCGACAGAGGAAAACUGCCCCCGAGGAGCCCAAAAACACCCAAGUGGAGUGACCCCACAGCCACCGUGAGGCAUCAUUUGUACUAGUGACCCCCCUGUAACCAGCCAUGUGACCCCCAAUGGUAGCGGGACGGCACAUGAUGGGAGGGACGGGGGCCAUUUGCUUGGGGUGUUUCAUCUUCCGUUUGGAAUUACUUGAACCCAUUUAUCUUAGCCUCACCCCCAACUGAUCGCAUGAAAAAGCACCCCCACAAUUAUCCUCUGCUGGACAAUCUAUUGUAAUCUCCCCCCGACAUGCUGUACUUGGUAUCUACCUCACUGACACCCUCCCAGAACCACGGGCCCCAAAACUGCUCUUGCAAAUUGCUGCUGGGUGAGAAGAGAUCUCUUGUACGGAGGAUCCCCGACACUGGAUCUCACAGCUGCUCCCAUUGGAUCUGUCUGAGAUCAGCCCAAAUAUCUGAUCUUUCCCUGAAUGGUAGUGGUGCACACGUGUUUUACAGCCAAUCAGAUCUCAGCAUUUUCACUUAAUAGCCAAUGAAUGGAAAUCUGCUGCUCAUUCAGUAUAACGUCUCCCCGUCAUGGUCUGAUCCCUCAGCACUGGUGGGGGGCCCUACAGUUUCACUCAGUAACCACAAUCCUACUGGAGUGAGUGUUGGGGUACAGUCUGACUGAUGGGCUUGUAUUAGAGGGGGUGUUGUGCAAUGAUGGAACUUGUGUGUGAUGCCGUUCAUGUAUAAAUAAUAGUGUAACUGAUUGUGUAACACACUCAGCGGCCAGAUUGUCAGCUCCCAGGCUCAGGGGUCCUUUAUUCUGUAUUUCACAUGACUCUUUCUCCCAUAUUGGUUAGAGGCCACAGCAGCACAGAGUCACCUUGUUCUUAUAACAUAACAGAAAUCUCAGCCAAUCAGAUGGUGAAAAGACUGUAUGUCUGCCCCCUGCUGGGAAACCAUGGAACUGUCUGUAUUUACCCAAUGCUUCACUAACCAGCAGUAAUGGAUCCACCCGGCCUGUAUUCUGCUCUUCUAUUUCACUAUAUUGACCCGGCCUGUAUUCUUCCCAUCAGUCUGUAUUAUAUGUACCUGCUGCCAUACAGUAUAUCAGUCUGUAUUAUAUGUACCUGCUGCCAUACAGUAUAUCAGUCUGUAUUAUAUGUACCACAGUCUGCCAUACAGUAUAUCAGUCUGUAUUAUAUGUACCUGCUGCCAUACAGUAUAUCAGUCUGUAUUAUAUGUACCUGCUGCCAUACAGUAUAUCAGUCUGUAUUAUAUGUACCACAGUCUGCCAUACAGUAUAUCAGUCUGUAUUAUAUGUACCACAGUCUGCCAUACAGUAUAUCAGUCUGUAUUAUAUGUACCUGCUGCCAUACAGUAUAUCAGUCUGUAUUAUAUGUACCUGCUGCCAUACAGUAUAUCAGUCUGUAUUAUAUGUACCUGCUGCCAUACAGUAUAUCAGUCUGUAUUAUAUGUACCUGCUGCCAUACAGUAUAUCAGUCUGUAUUAUAUGUACCUGCUGCCAUACAGUAUAUCAGUCUGUAUUAUAUGUACCUGCUGCCAUACAGUAUAUCAGUCUGUAUUAUAUGUACCACAGUCUGCCAUACAGUAUAUCAGUCUGUAUUAUAUGUACCUGCUGCCGUACAGUAUAUCAGUCUGUAUUAUAUGUACCUGCUGCCAUACAGUAUAUCAGUCUGUAUUACAUGGAGCUAUACAUGCAGAGAUGUCCCACCCAUGUCAUACACUUUCCGUGCACUGCUGGUUACACCUCUCUCUCAGCAGACUUGGUAUCUCCCCCUUAUACGCACGAUCCAAUGACUCAAGUCCGUUGAACAGAUCAUUUCAAGGUAAUGGGAGGCAACAAUGACUUUCUUCUCAUACAAAGUUGCUCCUUUUGGGCUUUAGUCACCAAUAGGUACAGCUCAGACUAUCACUAAAGACGUCUCAUGUCCCAAGUAAGGUUUGCUAAGAAGCUGUCUGUUUUUUCUUCUCCUGAGCCAUCACAUAGUCCAAGAGCAGAAGAAGCAGUGACCACAAGGGUAAAUAAACGUCUCAUUUAAAACUUCAAACCAUUUAGACACAACAUUCUUGUCCCUACCUCCACCAGGGAUACCACCUGAGAAGGACACCACCUUGAUUAAUACCACCAACAGAUUGAAUGCUCAUAGAAUGGUCUCAGUAGAGGAUCUUGUGAGACUUCUGGAUCUAAUGGUCUACUCCCAGAAAGCCUCCUCUUAUGGGUGGUUCCACCUAUGUCUUCUUCAACUUAACUUCAGUGGAACUGAAACUGCCAGGACCUUAUAUCAUUCUACCCCUCUGGGAGUCAUUCAAGUAGUUUGUUUAAGAAGAAACACCGGAUCAAAGGAUAGUUGUAGAAGCCACUCAUGUAGCAGGUAAUCACCACAUGGGUCAACCUACUGGAUCAGGGUGCGACCUCAGACCAUCACAUUUGUCAUGGACCUUGGACUCCAGAAGACAUGCCACACGUCAAUAUUGUGAGACUUGAUGCCCCUCCUACACGGUCAUGUUGAAGCCAUUAAGUCACCCAGGUGGCGCUAGAAGCAUGGCACCCAGGCAAAAGGUGCUGAUUCUGAUGAGGAAGGACAAAAGUGAUCUAAAUGUAUAAUCAUUUGUAUCUCUCGGACAACUUCCCCAGCGCUGGACAGAGGAUAUACAUUAUUCUCACAGUCACUGCCCAAUGGAGCUUACACUAAGUGUUAUCAGUUCACCUGCCUGAGUGUAUUUUGGGUGUGGGAGGAAACCCAUGCAGAGAAUGUUUUUGAGAACCACCCCAGGCUUUCUUACCAAGGUAGUGCUAAUCUCCAACUGAAAUCGGGGCAUUGUCCCACAAUCCCAGCCUGGCACAGAGUUAUGGCUCCAUGGACUGGGCACAUUUGCUGGUGCACAUAUUGCAAUUCUGGGCUGUAAUCAAGUAUCAGGGCUGCGGCAGAAGACUUACAACUUAACACUGGUAUAAACUGCCAGUGUCCUUCAUGCCCUCUAUGCCAAGUCAGUGAGCACCUUGUGGUCCUACACGAAGCAUCUGCACAGUGGCGACUAGAGAGACGCUGGAUCCAGAUUUGGCUAAUUCUUGCCACUUUUUGCAGGAUUCAGAUUUGGUCUUUAUUUUUAUAGUAUAGAUUAGUUUCCACCUUCUUUGGCCUCCAGUUUUCAAAUGGGGGGGGGGGGGGGGUCACUGACCCCAGCAGCAGUCUGGCUCUCAUUCAAACCACAACCUGCUUGCCUGGGGCAAUGGGAGGAGGCAGUGCAGUAAGUAGUAGAUCCUCCUUCCCUUCGUUGGCCUUCUGGCUGGUUGUCCCUUGGUCCUUCUGAACUUCUCAUUAGUUCCAGAGGGGUGGGAUUUAAGACUUUUUUUUUUUGUUCUGCCUCCAGGGGUGACCAAUUAUAAUCCCAGAAAUUAAUAUACAAUAAGAAAACCUUUAUUCACCCUGUUAUUACUUUCACUCUGAUUGGCUGUCACCCUAUAUUGUAGUGUCCCUUCUGCUUCACAUCUCACCUUACUGGACCAUACUCCCCCCCCCCCCCGUUGGUACAUUCACCCUAAUUUACUGUCUCACCCAUGGGACCCUGUCUAUGAUAGACAUAUACACCAAUUGGUUUGCCAGUUGCUGACUGCCUGUUCUGUAUUUGCCCAGCUGCUAUAAAGCGGAGUUGCCUGUGUUAUGUUGGUGUAUUUUAUCAGCGCUCAGAUAAGUCGUGUGCCGGCUGGUGCCCCCCAUCUUCUCAUCCAGAGUGGGAGUCGCUACAUUCUGACCCAGGGUUUUCUCUUGGUUUUUUUUUCGUUUUAAUCUUUUAUCUGUACAAAUCUGUAUGUAAAUGUUUUAAUCUGUGAGAGUUGGUGCAAUUUGAUGAAGAUGUAGGUGUGUGUAUAAAGGGGUGAUUUUAUAGCAAUGCCCUGCCGUUAUUUCCCAUGAUUACACCGUGUAUUGAAUCUGCUGGUGCUUAAUAAAUGAAACAUUCUCACUG